AUGGCCCGCUCCUCCCGCCCUCCCCCCGAGGAGGACGAAGACGAGCAGCAGCCGUCAAACGUGCUGCAAUUCAGCGACGCCCUCUCGUGGAAGGCGGGAAAGCCCAUCCCCACGGGCACGCUCAUCACGCGCCUCAAGGCACUCAGCAAGGAGCUCAUCGCGCUCGAGCAGGAGGCCGUCGACCGCGAGAGCCUGGCCACCCCCGCGCGCGAGCUCGUCAAUGUCGGUCUGCUCCAGCAUAAGGACCCCGGCGUCAAGGCGUAUGCGGCGUGUUGUCUCGCGGAUAUGCUUAGGUUGCAUGCGCCGGAUGCGCCGUAUACGGCGGUGCAGUUGAAGGAUAUAUUCGAGCUGUUUGUGAGGCAGCUGCGCGGGCUCGCGGACCCGGAGACGCCGUACUACCAGCAGCACCUGUACCUCCUCGAGUCGCUGGCGUCCGUAAAGUCCGUCGUGCUCAUCUCAGACAUCCCAAACAGCGAGGCGAUCACGCUCAAGAUCUUUACAAACUUCUUUGACCUCGCGCGCCCCGACGGGCCAAAGAACGUCGAGUACCAGAUGACCGACAUCCUCGUGCAGCUCAUCGAGGAGUGCAACUCCCUCCCCUCCGAGGUGGUCGACAUCAUUGUCGCGCAGUUCUUCCGCGCGAACCCCGCCGCGCUCGCGGCCAUCACGGCACGCGGGAAGCCCGCGGUGAAGGAGAUGAAGGGAAAGAAGGACGACGGCCAGACGAAGCUCAUUGCGCCCGUGCCGCCCCCGGCUUACAACAUGGCCAAGGCCAUCUGCAACCAGUGCGUCGACAAGAUGGCACGGCAGAUCUGCCAGUACUUUUCCGAGGUCAUCAUGGACGCCUCGCCGUCGGCGCGGCCGCGCAACAAGGGCGGCCGCCACACGUCAAUGAGCCCCGACUCGGACUCGGACGACCCGGCGCUGCACGAGCCGUCGCACGAGGACCUCCAGGAACUGCACAAGGCCCACCUGCUCGUCAAGGAGCUGUGGAAGGCCUGUCCGGCUGUGCUGCAGAACGUCAUCCCGCAGCUCGAGCAGGAGCUCAUGGCCGAGAAUGCGGAGAUUAGGGUGCUCAGCACGGAGACGAUUGGUGAUAUGGCGCUGACGGGCACGUUCGGCGCGAACGCGCCCGCGACGUGGAAGGCGUGGAUCGGCCGCGCAAAUGAUAAGAGUAGCGCGGUCCGCGCGAAGUGGGUUGAGGCUGCGGUGAGGAUCAUGAAGGAGCGAAACGACUUCAUGGCCGUGCAGCUCGUCGACCUCGUCGCGGUGAAACUGAACGAUCUGGACGACCGCGUGCGACUGUCGGCAUGCGUGUCCCUCGGCGAGCUCGACUACGCCAGCAUCACAACCAAGCUCGGCGCGGACCUCUCGCCGUUCAACACCUACAACCCCGAGCUUGCCUCCGGGGCGCCGGUGGCCGCCGCGGCCACCGCCGGUCGCGGGAAGGGCAAGAGCGCCGACGGCGACGGCAAGGGGUGGGGGAAGCGGAUACUGCACCACCUCGGCGAGCGCGUGCGGGACAAGAAGUUCAGCGUGCGCUGGGAGGGCAUGUUCUGCCUCGCGCGCAUGUGGAACAUGGCGUACGCGGACAUUGCGGCGGGCAACGAGAUUGUCACGGCGCAGCUGGGGUGGAUCCCGAGCAAGAUCCUCGACACGUUCUACAUCAACGACGCCGAGGUCAAUGUGCUGCUCGACCAUGUGCUCUUUGGCGUGCUGCUGCCCGUCAACUAUCCGCCGAUCGAGAAGGAGUCGAAGCUUGUCGUUUCUGCCGGGGAGAAUGGUGGGGGCAGCAGCAGCAGGAAGGGGAAGGAGAAGGAGGCGGAGAAGGAGCGCGAGAGGGAGAUUGCGGAGGGGGAUAAGAUUAGGGUCAUGAGGCUGCUGGUGCUGGUGAAGGGGCUUGAUGUGAAGGCGAAGAAGGCGCUGUUUGCGGUCCCGUUGAGGCAGAUUAGUUAUGCGAAGGUGAUGGAUGUGUUUUUGAAGAGCUGUGAGGAUUAUAAUGGCGGCGUAAUGGACAAGGACGUGGAAGAAGAGGGCGUCAAGCGCGCGCUCAACAAGUUUAUAGAAUGGCUCUCGCAGAAGCUCCCCGACACGCCCAAGGCCAAAGAAAACCUACUCAAGUUUGCGAAGCUCCACGACCGCCGCUGCUACCAACUCAUCCGCUUCUGCUUCUCGCCCGACUCGGACUACCGCACGGUCGUCAAGGCGCUCAAAGAGAUCAAGAAGCGCAUCUCCGAAGCACCAGGCACCGCGCCCACAAUAAUGGAGACCCUCACACCACUGCUAUACCGCGUCUCGCAGCUAAUCUACAACAAGUCGCACGUCCCGCACAUUGUCGAGUUCUCACGCACCGACGAGGCCUCCCUCUCCGCCGUCGCCCACGAGGUACUCAAAGAAAUGUCCUCGUCCAACCCCGCAGUCUUCAAAGCAAACGUAAAGGCACUCUCCGACCUCCUCCAAGAACAGUCCUCCGCCCGCUCACCAACAGACUCCGCCGGCGCCGUAGACACCCUCAAGGCGUGCGCGGGCUUCGCAAAGAGCUACCCCGCCGACAUGCCGCAAGAGCGCAAGCUCCUACAAGCCCUCGUCGGCUUCGCGCUCACGGGGCAGCCGCCCGCUGCGGCGAAACACGCGGUCAGUAUCCUGAUGUACUCGGCCAAGCGGCGCGACAUGUACGCCGCGGACCUGAUCCGGCGGUGUGUUCGCGAUUUCGAGUUUGGCGGGGAGCACUUUCUGGCGAAGCUGGCGUGUCUGGCGCAGCUGGUGCUGCUGGCGCCGGCGCAGUGCGAGGAGGAGAAUGAUGCGAUUAUGGAUAUUGCCAAGGACGUGCUGCUGAAGGUGCGGGCGCCGGCGGGGGAGGAGGAGAGGGGUGGUGGUGGGGGGGACGGGGAGGGGGGGGGAUGGAGGAGGCGGUGGGCGAGGGAGGCGGAGGAGUUUAGGAGGACGAAGGUGCCUGAGGCGGUGCUGAAGAUGUUGAUGCAGUUGGUGGUGAAGGAGGGGGAGUUGAGUAUUGAUGAGGAUACGCCCCGCGCUCACAAAUCCCGCCUCCGCCUCUCCGCCGCACUCUCAAUCCUCAAACUCGCCUCCAGCAAAAUCUACGACGACCUCAUCACGCCCACAGACUUCAACCGCCUCGCCUGCGUCAUCCAAGACCACUGCACCGAGGUCCGCGCCCGCUUCGUCGACAAGGUGAAAAAAUACCUCGCCUCCUCGCGCCUGGGCAACAGGUUCUACACAAUCAUCUUCCUCAUGGCCUACGAGCCCGUGCCCGAGAUGCGCGACGCCGCCGUCACGUGGGUCAAGGCGCGCACAGCGAGUAUGCGGAAGGCGAAUGCGGCGGGAAAUGUCAUGGAGGCGGUGUUUGCGAGGCUGUUGAGCCUGCUGGCGCAUCAUCCGGAUUUUGGCACGCAGGUGGAGGAUUUGGCGGAUUUUGCGAAAUACAUCCUCUUCUACCUCACGGCUGUCGCGAGCGAGGAGAACGUCAGCCUCAUCUACCACGUCGCACAGCGCGUCAAGCAGUUCCGCGACGGGCUGAGUCCGAAUAACAGCGAGAACCUCUACUACCUCUCCGAGCUCGCCCAGGCCGUGAUCCGCCGCUACGCCGAGCACCACCACUGGACGAUCCAAACCUGGCCCGGCAAGAUCCGCCUCCCCGCGGGUCUCUUCAUGCCCAUGCAGAGCGCCGAGCAGUCGCUCGAGGUCUCCCGCAGCACCUACCUACCCGAGGAAAUCGAGCUGCGCCUCGACGCGCUCAUCAAGCCCAAGAGCGCGCGCCACGGCGGCGCCCACGGCGCCGGCGGUAAGAAGCGUAAAAGCGACCCCAAUGCCCCACGCGGCACCGCCAGCACCCCCGCGAAGAAGAAGUACAAAGCCGCUGCGGCCACGCCCGCGGGGGAGAGCGCCGAGAAGAGGAAGGUAGGGAGGCCGCCGAAGACGCCGAAGCAGGCGCCGUCGGAUGCGGAGCGGAGGAGGAGCGGGAGGUCGACGACGAAGGUGAAGUAUGUGGAGGAUGACGACGAUGAGGAGGAGACUGUGGAGGCAGAGAGCGAUGAGGAUAGUGAUGUGGAGAUGGGGGAUGCGGGGAGCGACGGCGCCGCCGACGAUGAGGAGGAGGAGGAGGAGGAUGCGGCGGCGGCGGUAAAAACAAGGAAGGAGAAGCCGGCGCCGGCGAAGCGCGGGAGAAAACCUCGGGGGGAGAGGAUACUGGAUGAGGAGGAGGCGGCGGCGAGCGCGACGCCGGUAAGGGGGAAGAAGGCGAAAGCUACAACCGCAGCUGUUGAACCAAUGCAAGAAGACGCGGCGGAGGCCGAGAAAGAGGCCGAGAAGGAUGCAGAGCCCGAGAAGGAGCCGGAGACCGAAGAGGCCGAUGCGCCGGCGCCCUCAUCGCCGCAAAAGAAGAUCACGCCGAUGAAGCGCGGGCGGGGGCGGCCAAAGCGCGGUGGUGCGGCGGCGUCGUCGCCGGAGCCGACGGCGACUGUAGUGGUUGCGGAGCGGAAACUGGCGAGGGGGGGGCGCAAGACGAGGGCGUCGGGGACGGUGACGGUGGCGGCGGUUAAUGGGACGAAUGGGAGUGCGGGUGCGGGUGCGGGUGCGGCGGCGGCGGCGGCGGCGGCGGUGGAGCAUGAGGAUAGUAGUGAGCUUUCGGAGCCGCCGAGUGAUGGCGAGUAG